AUGUCGUCGGGAUUUUGGAUUUUUGGCGGACUGUUCGGCGGCGGCGGCGGCGGCGGCCUCGGGGACAGCGGCGAGCGAGAGCCGUUCGCGUGCCAGUCGUGCGGGCGGCGGUACAAGUACGCGAAGAACCUGCGGCGCCACCAGCGCGACGAGUGCGGGCGCGCGCCGCGCUUCGGCUGCCCGCUGUGCCCGCACCGCACCAAGUUGCGCUUCAACCUCAACACGCACAUGCUGCGCAAGCACGGCGCCCCGCUGCCUCCGCCGGCGCCGGCGCUCGCGGGGCCUCGGCCUGCUUGA